UUCGGCCAAAGAAUACAUCACAAGGCGGAACACCUAACGAGGCGGUUUAGCUGAAUGGAUUCGUAUGGAAAUUAAUGAAUUAAAAGUUCUGCCUACAAUUUCGUCACAAUUGAAAAGAAGAAGAAGCAGAAUAAAAACGGCAUCAUACUCAUACUAGGGACACAUUGCCCCAAUCACAAUAUAAACAAUGGGUCGACGUUGUUGUAUUAACGGCUGCUUGUCUACCUCGCGUUUGCCGGAACAUCAUGGUGUAACUUAUCAUUCCUUCCCAGCAGAUGAAAAUACUCGCACUAUAUGGAUAAAGAACACUAAAAUCAACACCGAACGUCAAAUUACCAAAAGCACUUUGGUCUGCUCACGACAUUUUCGCCGAGCAGAUUUUCAGCCCCAACGCAGUGGCAAAUACUUGUUGAAACAUAAAGUCUUUCCUACGGUAUUUCCCUGGGGUAAGAUUGAUGCCGCCCAAAUAGAGGAGGAUUUGGAGUUUUUGAAUUCUUCAGUGGCGGCCGUACCACCACCCUCGGCCUUGUUAAGUAGUUCGGCAGAUUCCGUGGACGAGGACACCAAAGCAACCGUGGCUGCUACAGUUGCUCAAAUAAUGGCACAAACAGCGGAACUAAAUGCUCAGGCAGCCCUUAAGCAUGAAAAAGCGGCGGAAAAUGCUGAUAGCUCAAUACAGGAAACUGCAAGUGGGCCAAGUACAUCGCCUGGCUUUAAAUACGAGGCGGUGACUACAUUCAAUCCCGGUGCUCGUUUGGAAGCCCAAGACUUUGAAGGUGUUUGGCAUUCAGCCCGCAUUGUGGAAGUGGACAACGAUGAUCGUGAGGUAUUGAUUAAGUUUGAGAAAACAGGCAAAUUGAAAUCACCCAUAGUGGGUACUGAAGAGUGGAUUCCCAUGAAUUCCUCACGUUUACGUCAAAGACUUUCGACAAAACCAAUUCCGGUUUUCACAUUGGAGGAGAAAUGCUUGGCUCGCUGGACAGGGCCUCGUAAAUUUCCAGGAACUGUUAAGAAAAUAUUAGGCAAUGACAUGUAUGAGGUACUCUUUGACGAUGGUUAUGUAAAAAAUGUAAGAGCCAUGCAUAUGAACAAAAUAAUGGCGUCAGAAGCAGAUACCACCACUGAGUUGGUAGCCCCCACAGAGGGUCAAGAUAUAAGCAACUCGCCUACAGCGCCAUUGGGAUUGGUGGUAUCGCCAGGAGUUAAAAGACCCUCAACGGGAGCUGGGAGUGGUAUACCGAAAUCCAAAAAACGUUCGCCAAGUGCUGCUAAAAAAGAUUGGCCUCUGCUUGAUCUAUCGAAAUUGGAUUUGGCCUCUCUUAAUCUUCCCAACAUUCCUCUAGAUGGUGAAUGGACUUGCCAUUGGGUCAAUGAUCAGCCCAUAGGUCGUGAAGGUUUUCUUGUUGUGGGAGAACACCACAAGCCCACCGUUAUUGUUGAAGAUUGGCGUCUACCACCCGGUUGGAUUAAACACAUGUAUCAACGUUCUAACAUUUUGGGUAAAUGGGAUGUAAUCCUGGUCACACCUAACGGAAAACGUUUUCGUUCCAAGGCAGAUCUUAAAUCUUACCUAGAGGAAAAGGGGUUACAUUACAAUCCCGAUAUCUAUGACUUUAGCAUACAUCGGCGUAGAGCUAAAGAUCUCAAUUGUUAUGUGUACACUCCCGGAUAUGUGCCACAACAGCCACCCAAGCCAAAGUCAAUGUUGAGUUUUGAACAAGCUAUGGCUGACAAGCCAUUGCCUUUGGUUGAGCCCCUUAAUACUUCAGUUUCAUCACCAUAUAUGGUGACACCAGUUGCAGAACCCUUGCCACCCAUAGAACUUCUAACGUCAACGACAAGUUUGUCUGCUGAGGAUAAGAGUGUGACACAAGUAGAGGCGGAGGUGCCCAAACAGCUAUUGGAAUCGGCAGAAAUAAGUUCAACACCAACUCCCACAUCAACACCAACGGUGGAGUUAAAAGAAGAAAGUGCCGUAAACACAGCACCAACUAAUCAGAAUCAAAUUCCAAUAUCUGGCGCUGGCAUCGUUGAAACUAUUACUCAAGUGGAAGAUGGUUAUGCUCUUAUUGGCGGUCUAAAGGUUCAAAUUGUCGACAAUCUCUUCCGUUGCCCAGAGGAGGGCUGUCAAAAGAACUUCCGCAAAGAAAAUCAUUUACAAAUUCACGUCAAGCAUUAUCAUCUGAAUCUAGUCAAGUUAUUGGGUUCAUGUCCAAAAAUGCAAGAAUUGGCUGAGAAACGCACAAGACCAAAUAAUGCCGAUAGCAUUGAGCCAACACCCAAAAAUCAAAUACCAAAUCAGCAAUUUUUUGCAAAAUUACAUCAACAGGAUUUGGAACAUACCAGAGCGCAUCGCCGAAGUAUGGGAGCAACAAAGCCACAAACAGAAACCACAUCUUUGGAUGCAAAUGAUGAAAUUAAACUUGAAACUGGAGAACAGUCCGUUGCAGCUGGGGAUGUAUCUGUUCUGAACUCUGCCAACACUUCAUUGUUAGAUACAUCUUAUGCCUCAACAGGUCCUGAUGAUUCAAUAACAACAAGUAUGGGCCAGAAAAUAGCUUUGCCAGAUGUACCACCCCUCUCAAAGAAGUCUAGAUUUUCGCCCGUCAAAAGAACUCCUGGCGCAAGGAAAAGUAAUCGUCAACGCACCACCAAAAAAUAUCUUACAGCUGCCCAGGCUACGGCCAAACGAACAGCUGCUGCCGCAGCAGCACAACUUGGUGCACAAGGUGAUGCCAGUUUUAGUGGCGUUGCAGACUUUGAAGAAACCCGCCACUCCUUCAAUGCCACACCAGAAAUUCAUAAGGAGAGUGGCAGAAAACGUAAAUCCCAUUUACCAACCAAUACACCCAUGAGUAAUGUGGAAUCGCCCAUAACAGCAGAUUCGGGUUCUAGUUCGCUGCAGCCCCUGUCAACAAACGAAGGCGAUGCAUCGGCUAUGCAGACCACACAGUAUAUCAAGGAAAAUGGUGAAUUAAUAAAAAUAGUACGCAUGCGUCAAGAGGAAAUUAUUAAUUGCGUCUGUGGCUAUGUCGAAGAGGAUGGCUUAAUGAUCCAAUGUGAAUUGUGCCUUUGCUGGCAACAUGGUCUCUGCAAUGGCAUUGACAAAGAGUCCCAAGUUCCAGACAAAUAUGUCUGCUAUCUUUGCCGCAAUCCUGUAAAGGCUCGCAAAUCAAUGCAAUUCAAACAUGACCAAGAUUGGUUGUAUGAAGGCAAAUUGCCCACAGCCAAUUAUCAUACACAAAAUGUCGCCUUGUUAAACAAGAGGGGUGAAUAUUUAAAACGUUCGCAUACCUUAACCGGUAAUUUGUUGGAACUGAAAGACUUCAUGCACUCGCUGAAGGUUAAAAUCAAUAUUGCCAACAAUAAAUGUCAUCCAAAACUGUAUCUAUGGGCCAAGAAAUGGGAUGAGGAUGUGGAAAUAAAAAAUGAGAUAAAAACAGAGGAGGAAAGUGAUUCUAAAAUGAAUGUGACACCUAUUUCUAAGAAAAUCAAAACAGAACCCGUGACACCGGUGAGACCCAUGCCAAAUAUCCCACAGCCAGAGGCACCUAUAGAUCCGGUGGAGUGCCAGCAGCGUCUGCAGGAGCAUAUAAAGAUACAGCAGCAUUUGGUAAUGCAACGUUUGAAUGAAAUUGAAACAGCUAUAGAUGGUUUAGAGCAAGAAGACGAUUUGCCAGAUUUGCAUGAUGCCGAUAUUGGCGCCACCAAGGAUGUCUUGGCUUCGUUUAUCAAAGAGCUAGAUACUGUAAAGCUAAUUGCUAAAUUAAAUGCUCUGGAACACACAAAGAUGGCUUUAAAGAAUCCCUCAACCACUGCUUAGAUUUUAGUGUUGUACUCUUAAGUUUGUGAAAAAAACACAUGCUUCGCUUUUAAUUACUUUUAGAAUACUUCCAAAAAAGGUAAUUUUUAUUUAUCUUCGAAACUCGUUAUUUUUUUUUUUAAUAAAAUUGAUAAUUUAAUUUGAAUCAUUAGCUGCUACGAUUAGCGGCUAAUAAUGGGAUAUAGAUGUUUACGAUCGCAGAAAAAUUCUACUCUUAAA